CACCGGCGCCAACGACUCUCGAUGGUGGCCUUCCGUUUCUACCGAUUGAAAGAAACUUCUCGAAGAUAAAAGCAUCGCAAUAAAACCCUAAACAAACCUCAGUCUACCAGUAGUCGCGCCAGCAGCCUUCUCUCCCAGCUUUCCUUAUCUACUCCCCUCCUCAUCCAACUCCUGCAAAAGGAGAGAUACGCUCAACGCUUACAACAAGGAAGCGUUGAACGACAGAAAUGGCAACAUCCAAUGCUUUCACCACUGCCUCCAUUUUCGGCUCUCCCUCCCAGGCGACUUUGAGGAGGAAAGUAACGCAGCGGCAGAAUCAAAGAUUCAACUUUGGGCACUCCGCCAGGAGGCUAUCCGUGAGAGCAAAUGCUAAAGAGAUUGCGUUUGACCAAGACUCGCGCAGGGCGUUGCAGUCCGGCAUUGAUAAGCUUGCUGAUGCUGUUGGGCUAACCCUCGGUCCUAGGGGGAGGAAUGUUGUCCUGGACGAGUAUGGCAGCCCCAAGGUUGUCAAUGAUGGUGUAACCAUUGCACGAGCAAUUGAAUUGCCUGACCCCAUGGAGAAUGCUGGAGCAGCUCUCAUCAGAGAGGUUGCUAGCAAAACUAACGACUCAGCUGGUGAUGGAACGACAACUGCAUCCGUCCUUGCAAGGGAAAUCAUUAAACUUGGGCUGUUGUCUGUUACAUCUGGCGCAAAUCCAGUUUCGAUAAAGAAGGGAAUUGACAAAACUGUGAUUGGUUUGAUAGAGGAGCUUGAAAAGAGGUCCAGGCCUGUGAAAGGUCGUGAUGACAUUAAAGCUGUUGCUUCUAUUUCUGCUGGAAAUGAUGAGCUCAUUGGGACAAUGAUUGCUGAUGCUAUUGACAAGGUUGGCCCUGAUGGUGUCCUAUCAAUUGAGUCGUCCUCCUCUUUCGAGACUACUGUAGAAGUUGAAGAAGGAAUGGAGAUAGACAGAGGUUAUAUCUCUCCUCAGUUUGUGACAAACCCUGAGAAACUGAUCUGUGAGUUUGAGAAUGCGAGGGUGUUGAUCACAGACCAAAAGAUUACAGCAAUCAAGGACAUUAUUCCUUUACUGGAGAAGACGACUCAACUGAGAGCUCCUUUGCUUAUCAUUGCCGAGGAUGUCACUGGGGAGGCUUUGGCAACCUUAGUUGUUAACAAGCUCCGUGGUAUCAUCAACGUCGCUGCCAUUAAAGCACCAGGUUUUGGUGAGAGGAGAAAGGCCAUGCUUCAAGAUAUCGCCAUUUUGACAGGAGCUGAAUUCCAAGCUAGUGAUCUCGGGUUGCUUGUGGAGCAAACAGAAAUCGACCAGCUGGGUUUGGCCAGGAAGGUGACCAUAAGCAAGGACUCAACAACCAUAAUUGCUGAUGCGGCAUCCAAGGAUGAGCUGUCUUCCAGGAUCGCACAGUUGAAGAAGGAACUGUCUGAAACUGAUUCAGUCUAUGACUCGGAGAAGCUGGCCGAGAGGAUAGCCAAGCUGUCUGGUGGAGUUGCCGUGAUCAAAGUAGGAGCUGCAACUGAGACUGAACUCGAGGACCGAAAACUCCGUAUUGAGGAUGCCAAGAAUGCAACUUUUGCUGCUAUUGAGGAAGGCAUUGUCCCCGGUGGUGGAGCUGCACUUGUUCACCUAUCGACUCUUGUGCCUGCCAUCAAGGAAAAGCUCGAAGAUGCUGAUGAGCGCCUUGGUGCUGAUAUCAUACAGAAGGCAUUGGUAGCUCCAGCGUCGUUGAUAGCUCAGAAUGCCGGAGUUGAAGGGGAAGUGGUAGUCGAGAAGGUGAAGGAGAGUGAAUGGGAGGUUGGUUACAACGCCAUGACCGAUAAGUACGAGAACCUGGUGGAGGCUGGAGUGAUCGACCCAGCUAAGGUGACAAGAUGUGCACUGCAGAACUCGGCAUCGGUUGCUGGAAUGGUGCUGACAACCCAGGCUAUCGUUGUGGAAAAGGUUAGACCCAAAGCACCAGCUGCUGCUGCCCCACAAGGAAUGACUGUCUAGUGGGGAAAAGAACAACCCCGCACAUUUCACUUGAGGAUGGUUGUGCUAUUAGUUAGGAAUUUUAUCAAAAAGGUUUCUGACAGUCUUUUGAGUACUUUUUUCCUGGCGGUGAACACGAAGAGUUAAUGGUGGUGGUGUUUCUGUAGGGAGGAUAGUGAUGAAUCAUCUGGGGUAUAAGAGCUUUAAAAGCAUUGUCUUUCUCAUAAGAGGUGUUUCAGAACUGGAAUCAGUUUGUAAGAGUGUAGUGUAUCGAAUUGGAGACACAAAAUAAGUUCACGAAAUGCAAUGAUGAGUACUUUCCAAUUUCCAGGAUUCUGUUAAUCCACCUGUUGAAUUCAGCUGCUAGGUGAUCAACUAAAAGCAGAGCAGGGGACAGAAGGUGAUCAAUCAAAUUCAAUCAUGUCCCAAACACUUGAUUUAGUUGAACUCAGAACACAAUCUAGUGUGGGAUCUGUACGUUAAAUCUUGUGCCGUGGAAAAGUGGCGGAGUACGUUAAAUCUUGUGCCGUGGAAAAGUGGCGGAUUAAAGGUCAUUUACUAACAUGGUGUUUGGACCCGUGCAAAUUUCAAACUCGGAUAUAAAGGCUUUCGCUUAAGAGGGUAUGUUAGCAAAUGAUAAGAGGGUAUGUUAGCAAAUGAUAGAUGAUUCGUAAUUGAAUGGCUCCAAACGACUCGACUUAUCGAGAUUAAUUGGUUGUUGACAUAUUCUUGAAAUUCAAUGAACAGCUGAAUAAAUUAUUGUAAAAUGA